AUGGCUACUAAUAAAGUUAAGGUGCAGGAUGUGGAAGCUGUAACACUCACUGAGGAGUGUAGCUUUGUGGUGACUCAAAAGAUGCCCAAAAAGCUUAAGGACCCUGGGAAGUUCACUCUCCCCAUUCUAAUUGGAAAUAGCAAGGUGGUUCAGGAACUUAGUGAUUUAGUGGAAAGUAUCAACUGGAUUCCCUUCUCUUUGUUCAACACAUUUGUCUUGAAAAAACCUAGACCGAGCUCUAUGCUACUACAACUGGAAAAUGGGACCAUAGCCCAUCCUGAAAGAGUGAUAGAGGAUGUUCUCAUAAAAGUUGAUGAAAAGUCUGAGUAUCGAAAAACUGAGCUAAGGAACAUGGCGAAGACUGAGUAUGGGGUCCCCAGCUCCCUUGAUGCAAGAAGAUGCUAUUAG